CGUUGGACAGACAUUAAGUUGUUUGCGCUCUAAACUGUAUCGACAUUUUUGGUGAUUUUGAGUUAAAAAUAAGUGUGAAACGUCUGUCUAAAUAAGCUCUACAACAUACCCAGAAACUGGGGGAAAUCGAAGUAUUGACACGGAGCUAUUGAAGGUAACAUCCGCGAAAACCGACGAAUGUCAAAUAUUAAACUAUCUUCACCCCGGUCAGUCCACAAACCAACGGGCUUGCUAGCGUUAGCUAAAAGUUAGCUUUCCAAAAAGUCUAAGAACAGAAGCUGGUAAAGAUUAAACUCACUGCUGUGGGGAGCCGAAGAUCUGCGGCGGUCAGAGAGAGCCAUCAUCAUCCAUCCAAAGUCUUCUAUCAACAAGCUUUCAGCAACCCUCCAGGAGACACGACGAGGCAAUGAACAGAGGCAGAAAUAGAAAGAAGAAAUGAAGGAUGAAAAGAGGAGAAGAUACCUCACAGUCCAGGAGAAAUGAAGGAUGAAAAGAGGAGAAGAUACCUCACAGUCCAGGAGAAAUGAAGGAUGAAAAGAGGAGAAGAUACCUCACAGUCCAGGAGAAAUGAAGGAUGAAAAGAGGAGAAGAUACCUCACAGUCCAGGUGGAGAAGGGCGGAGUUAGACGGGCUGUCAGAGGAGUCCUCAACAGGUCAGCGGGGCGCUCUGACCUCGGCGGCUGGAGGAAGUUCAGAGGUCACCUGUUGGAGGAGGGGCGGAGCCUGCUGCCGUUUGGUCUGGGGCUGCUGAUGGCGUCCGUGUACGGAGCCACGGCUCUCUUCCUGCAGAACCAGCCUCUGUGGCUGUGCGUCUACACCACGCUGACUCUGGCCGCGCUGGCCGCCUUCGGCAUGGGACUGUCGGCCGGCGUCCGCGCCAACGUCUCCGUGCUGAUGCCCACGCUCUGCUCAGCCUUCGCUAAGUUCCUCCUCUUCCUGUUUGUGUCGCUGCUGCUCACCGGUCCUCUCAGCAAAUCUUUAGGAAAACACGGAGGAAAGCCCAGUUGUAGUUUGCUUGGCAGCCAAUCAAACGCAAGAGCUGAUGCGUGCCUGACUUGA